CAGUCCUGGUACUACUACUACGUGUUACUCUUCCAAUUGGCUCAAUUGUUCCUUGCUUCUAAAACCGUUCCCCUUGGUUCUCGAAUCUUAGCUUUCACCGGUGUCCCCCUCAUUGAUAUAUAUAUAGAUUACUACCUAAAUCUAUAUAUUUGUAACCAUUGUCUCCGUCCUCCGAUCGUCCUCUUUCCCGUCAGACCUUAUAUUCAACUCCGUAAACUUAUAAAAUGGCUUCCGAAACCAGCAAUAUCGAAGGUUCCGCAGCCGCGAGGCUCCUCCAGAAACAUGCCGAGAGCUCUCAUCAUGUCACUAUUGAGGACGUCCCGGAUGAGGAACUGAAGUCACCAUCGGCCGCCGAUGCCCCCGAGAAGGCUUCGUGGGGCCAGACUCCAUCCGCCAAAGCAGCUGGGAAGCAGCCGGCGCAAGGGUCGGUUCCUCUUGAUACCCAGUCGCAUGAGGCUUUUCCCGAGCUUGGUGUUCCCAAGACGGCCGCGCCGAAAGCUAAUAUUUCUCCAAUUUGGGGUGGUGCGAAUGGCAAGGCUAAUGGGACAUCGUGGUCGGCCAAUGGCACCCCUCGGACUUCCACCCCAGCUUCGGGAGUCUCUACUCCCAUUGGAGUCCCACCGCCUGUUUCAAUACCUGGUCGUAAUGUCGAGACUCUCCUCUUGGAGUCACAGUAUGUGAUGCCUCGCAGCCAGCUCAAGCGUCCCCUCCAAGACAUUAUAAAGGACAUCAACCGCAAGUCUCGUGCUGUAAUCUCGUCGGUUCCGGGCCCCAGUGGGCACCUGAAGUUUGAAGCGACCGGACCGCAAGACAAGGCACAGCAGGCUCUUCGGGAUUUAGUCCAACAAAUUGGAAUUAAGACUUCCAUCAAGGUUCCAAUUCCGCUGUCAGCUAGGGCACAUAUAAUUGGUAAACAAGGAUCCACCAUCAAAUCGAUCCAGGAGAAAUCCGGUGCUAGAAUCCAGUUGCCAAAAGUCGACGACACCGUGGGUAGUUUGGAAGAAGACGACGAUGCCACUAUUGACGUGAUUGUCGAAGGUAACGCGCUCUCGGCCGCGUUAGCUCGCGAGGCUAUUAAUAAAAUUGCUGGGGAACGGUCUGCGAACGUGAGCACAAAACUUAAGUCUAUCCCUGCCGAGUUCUACCCCUUCAUAGCUGGCCCUAAUAACAGACUUGCUGCGGCCUUGGAAGCGGAACAUGGGGUACAAAUUCGCGUGCCGCCUCACCAACCAUGGGCUCCUUCUGUUCCACAGGCACCAGCUGCAGGUCAAAGGCCGACUUUUGCACCCCCAGUCAAUGAUAACUAUAUUCAGCUUGCGGGCGACCGUGCCGCUGUUCAGGCCGCGCGAGCUGCCAUAGAACGCCAGGUCCAGGAGCUUCAGAAUCAAUUGCAUCUAGAUCAAGUGGAAAUUCGGCAGGGUACGCAUCAAUUCAUCAUCGGCGAACGGGGUGUUCCCACGGAAGAUUUCUUCGCCGAUACCAAUUGCAUUGUGGUCUUGCCUAGCUCGCCUGGUAUUGAUACUGUUACCGUCAUUGGUCGAGCUGAAGAUGUAAAUGCAGGUUUAGAGAAGGCUAUGGAUCUAGCAACACAAGUGCACACAUCUGUCUUCGAUGUUGCGAAACACCAUAGCCACACCUUAGGUGGCGCUUCAACAUAUUCGAGAGAUAUAUCUCGUUACCUUCGUCAAAGAAACGAGAUUGAGAGGCUUGAAAAACUCUACCACAUCCAUAUCAACACUCCUUUCUCCGAGGGUAUAGUCAGUCCUUGGGAGCUGUAUGCAAGAGAAGGCAAGAACGCAAUCAAAGCUCAAAAAGAAAUGAGCUCGAUUAUAAACAGCCACCCCCCUUCUCGAUUAGCAACAGUCCCGGUUGACCCGUUCUUCCACUCUUAUCUCCGUAGCGACAUUACACCCCAACUCCAGAAUGAGUUUGGCGUUAACCUGGUUGUACCGGACGCAGCCGAGAGUGAUCUUCCAGUGCUUCUAGUCUACGAAGGGCCGACUACGCCCAGAGAACAGUACCAGGUUCCCCAACAGGUACCUUCUGCCUCCGAGCUGAAAGAAUUUCAGCGAGGGUUAUCGGACGCGCGAAGACAUAUACUUGAAUUCCUUAGCAAGCAGGAGCAAAUCGAUACGAAAACUCUUGAAGUCCCAGUCAAAUUCCAGGAUAAGCUUCGUAGGUUUAUUAAAAAGGAGCAAGAUGCGACAACCCGUGCCGCCGGUAAUAUCCCUGUUAGAGUCAGUGUAAAGGGCACGACUGUUACUAUGCGAGGACCGGCUUCUAGUGUAGAGUUUCUUUCGAAGAAGGCCUCAGACUUCGUUGAACAGGAAAAGGAGGACGAAAAGGAGCGUGGCUUUACACUAAAAUUCGACUUCCCACAGAAAUUCGCCAAUCACCUUAUCGGCAAAGGCGGCAGCCAUAUCAACGAGUUACGUGAAAAGUUCGACGUGGAUAUCCAAGUUCAGAACGGAGAAGUCGAGCUAAAGGGACCUAAAGCCAAGGCGGAACGGGCGAAAUCUCAUAUCAUAGCUCUUACUCGUCAAUGGGCAGAUGAAACGACUCAUACAUUAAAGAUCGAGCCGAAGUACCACCGGGAAUUGAUUGGCGCCCAAGGCAGUCAGAUUCACCGUCUCCAGAAUCGCUACUCAGUCCACAUCAAUUUCCCCAAGACUACGAAACCGGGCAAAGAAGAUGAAUCCGUCGCGGAUGUUGCAAGUGAAACUGGUAAGGCGCGGCGGCAACAAGGCCCCGACGAGGUCACAAUCAGAGGCCCAAGAAAAGGUGCAGAUGAGGCGCGAGACGAAAUAUUCUCUUUGUACCAAUACCUCAAGGACAACUCCUUCACUGCUACUGUGACAGUUCAGCAAAAGCAGCUUCCAUCGUUGAUUGGUUCUGGCGGCGUUGGGAUGGAUGAGCUGCGCCAAGCCACAGGCGCAAAGAUCGAUAUCCCUAACGAACGCAACGAGGCUGAGGAUGCAACCGUGGAGAUUCAAAUUAAAGGCACGAAGGCACAAGUCGCUGCAGCCAAAAAGAUCAUUGAGGAGAAGAAAGCUGUGUUUGACGAGACAGUCACGAAGACGGUCGAAAUCGACAGGAAAUGGCACAAGAGUUUGAUUGGGCCUGGUGGUUCUACUCUCCGCGACAUUGUAAUCAAAGCCGGCGGCCCCGAAGAUAGACGGCUUCAAGCUCGAACCAUCCAGUUUCCCAAACAAGAUGCGGACGGAAACGCUAUCAAGAUCGAAGGGCGACAGGACGUCGUCGACAAAAUCAUUGCUAGCAUUAAUGCCCUAGUGUCGGAACGAGAGAGCCAGGUGACCGAGACCGUCGAAGUACCAGUCGAAAAACAUCGAUCGUUGAUUGGGCGAGGUGGUGAGACAAAACGCCAGCUCGAGUCGCAGUUCAACGUAUCCAUUGAUAUUCCCCGGCAAGGAAGUGACCUAACCGGUGUGAAGCUCACAGGUCAGCCUGCCAACGUCGAGAAGGCAAAGGGGCAUAUAUCAUCCAUCAUUAAGGAGCAACAGGGCGAGACAAUACAAAUCCCACGGAAAUAUCAUCAUGCCAUUUCAGAAAAUGGACAAUUCUUCCGCAGGCUUAGAAAUGAUUACAAAGUUACGGUAGAUCAUGCAGGGCAAGCUGUGCCGGCGAAGCCUAAGCCCGCAUCCACAAGAGCGGACGUUGGUUCCCUCCCCCUAAUCACGGAUGAUGCAGAAUCAGCCGCGGAUGCACACCACUGGACGGUCAUGGAUAGUGCUUCGUCGGAAGAUGGUGAUAUUCCGUGGGUAUUAAGAGGUAACCCUGAUAAUAUUGAAAAGGCGAAGAAGGCAAUCACGGCAGCACUUGAGCAGGCUCAGAAGAACAACACGAUUGGCUUCCUUGUCCUACCAGACCCAUCCACAUAUCGCCAUGUCAUUGGUCCGGGUGGCUCCAAAGUCAAUUCGAUCCGUAAACAGAGCGGAUGUAAGAUCAACGUGCCACGCGACCAAGCCAGAGAUGAGCCCAUUGAAGUUACAGGCCCUAGGGAAGGCUGUGAGAAGGCCAAGGAACUUAUCCUCCAGGCCGUGCGUGAGGGACAGGCUGGAAAGCGGGAUUAGGAGUCUCGGCGAAAGAGUGCGUCCAGUGGUCUUCAAGUUGGCUACAGCCGACCUAGCAUUGCUGCCGAAGGAACUCAGUGGAACUGAUUGAAUUAUCUGUAAAACUGUAAUCAAAACCGGAC